CAGGAGUCGUCGGAUUAAAUCUAAAUCAGAACGAGGCCGCUGCUGUAGCCAGCAAACACUAUAUAAAUGAGCCGAGUCUCUCUUCGCCACCUCGUCCUCUUCCCGUCGCUAAACCCUCCGUCCUUCUUCACUCUCUCCUCAAAACGUGUUUCCUUCCGAAGCUUCAGUAUUCGCGCGAGAGCAAUGGCUUCCCACAUUGUUGGCUAUCCUCGCAUGGGGCCCAAGAGAGAGCUCAAGUUUGCCUUGGAAUCCUUCUGGGAUGGAAAAAGCAGCGCAGAGGAAUUGCAAAAGGUGGCAGCUGAUCUGAGGGCAUCCAUUUGGAAGCAGAUGGUUGAUGCUGGAAUUAAGUAUAUUCCUAGCAACACUUUUUCAUACUAUGACCAAGUGUUGGAUGCCACGACAAUGCUUGGUGCUGUGCCCCCAAGGUAUGGUUGGAAAGGUGAUGAAAUUGGGUUCGAUGUUUAUUUCUCAAUGGCUAGGGGCAACGCUUCUGUACCUGCUAUGGAAAUGACCAAGUGGUUUGAUACCAACUACCAUUACAUUGUUCCUGAGUUGGGCCCAGAUGUCAAGUUCUGUUAUGCUUCUCACAAGGCUGUCAACGAAUUCAAGGAAGCCAAAUCUCUUGGAGUUGAUACUGUCCCUGUACUUAUUGGUCCUGUAUCUUAUUUGAUACUCUCAAAACCAGCAAAAGGUGUUGAGAAAUCCUUUUCUCUUCUUUCCCUGAUUGACAAGAUUCUUCCAGUCUACAAGGAAGUUAUGGCCGAACUGAAGGGGGCUGGUGCAUCCUGGAUUCAGUUUGAUGAGCCUACCCUUGUGAUGGAUCUUGAUGCCCACCAAUUGCAGGCAUUUAGUCAUGCAUACUCACAGCUUGAGUCAUCUUUAUCUGGUUUGAAUGUUCUUAUUGAGACAUACUUUGCUGAUGUUCCUUCUGAGGCAUUUAAAAUACUAACCUCUUUAAAGGGUGUUAGUGGGUUUGGAUUUGACUUAGUUCGUGGAACAAAGACCCUUGAAUUAAUAAAGGCUGGAUUUCCAUCGGGCAAAUACCUUUUUGCCGGAGUAGUUGAUGGAAGAAACGUUUGGGCUAAUAAUCUUUCUUCCUCGCUCCGUGAUCUGAAAACUCUAGAGGACAUUGUUGGAAAAGACAAACUUGUGGUCUCUACUUCUUGCUCUCUACUCCACACUGCAGUGGACCUAUCUAAUGAGACCAAGUUAGACAAAGAGCUGAAGUCCUGGCUUGCAUUUGCUGCUCAAAAAGUACUUGAAGUGAAUGCUCUUGCCAGGGCAUUAUGUGGGAACAAGGAUGAGGCCUUUUUUGCUUCUAAUUCUACAGCUCAUGCCUCAAGAAAAUCCUCCCCAAGGGUGACUAACGAGGCUGUCCAGGAAGCUGCUGCUGCUUUGAAGGAUUCUGAUCACCGCCGUGCCACAAAUGUAAGUGCCAGACUAGAGGCCCAGCAGAAGGAGUUGAACCUUCCAAUUCUUCCAACAACCACCAUUGGAUCUUUCCCACAGACCAUGGAUCUCAGAAGAGUGCGCAGGGAGUACAAGGCUAAGAAAAUUUCUGAAGAUGAUUAUGUCAAGGCCAUCAAGGAGGAAAUUCGCAAAGUUGUUCAGAUCCAGGAAGAGCUUGACAUUGAUGUUUUGGUGCACGGGGAACCAGAGAGAAACGAUAUGGUUGAGUACUUUGGUGAGCAGUUGUCUGGCUUUGCCUUCACCGUGAACGGAUGGGUCCAAUCUUAUGGAUCUCGUUGUGUUAAGCCUCCCAUCAUCUAUGGUGAUGUCAGUAGGCCAAAGGCUAUGACUGUUUUCUGGUCUUCCAUGGCCCAAAGCAUGACCAAACGACCUAUGAAGGGCAUGCUCACCGGUCCAGUCACGAUUCUGAACUGGUCAUUUGUGAGAAAUGAUCAACCUAGACAUGAGACUUGCUAUCAGAUUGCAUUGGCAAUUAAGGAUGAGGUUGAGGAUCUUGAGAAGGCUGGUAUUACUGUUAUCCAGAUUGACGAGGCUGCUUUGAGAGAAGGAUUGCCCCUUAGGAAAUCCGAGCAGGCUUUCUACCUGGAUUGGGCUGUUCACUCCUUCCGAAUUACAAAUUGUGGUGUCAAGAACACCACUCAGAUCCACACCCAUAUGUGCUACUCAAACUUCAACGAUAUCAUUCACUCAAUCAUCAAUAUGGAUGCUGAUGUGAUCACCAUCGAGAACUCCCGAUCAGACGAGAAGCUUCUUUCUGUAUUCAGGGAGGGAGUGAAGUAUGGUGCUGGGAUUGGUCCCGGUGUGUACGACAUUCACUCGCCUAGAAUUCCAUCAACGGAAGAAAUUGCUGACCGAAUCAACAAAAUGCUUGCUGUUCUUGAAACUAACAUCCUCUGGGUCAACCCUGAUUGCGGCCUCAAGACUCGCAAGUACACUGAAGUCAAGCCUGCUCUCAGCAACAUGGUUGCAGCUGCCAAGCUCAUUCGUACCGAACUGGCAAACGCUAAAUGAGAAAGCAACAUAAAGUUGUUCCGCAAAAAACUCUGGUCACGGCGACUCUCUGUGAAAUCUCUAAUAACGUCGGGUUUUUGUUGAGAGAAGUUUCUUUACAAUAUGCUGUGUUUCUGUUGGAAUUUUUUUAAAAAAAUUUAAUUUGAAGAAUGGUUUCUGAUUGAUUUGGAUUUACAACGUUAAUGCAAUUAGGAUAAUUAAACA